AUGGCAGCUGCUACGAAGACACAGUUAAACCAACAGGAAAUCAUUCCUCAGCCCACCGACGUUGGUGCGUUGGCCAACAGAAUCAACUUGGAAACAAGAUCUUUGCACAAUAAGAUCGAUAAAUUAGUGACUCUCAAGUUCGCUAUCGCCUUGAGAGACUACAAAAUCUACAGACAGGGAUUGCAGAGUUUCUACCACGUGUUUGCCACCGUGGAGAAGUGUUUGAACGAGGAGUUGGCCGACCCAUCUAGUGAAUGGAGAGACCUCUUGUCCAAAGUAUGGAAACCUGAGAUGGCCAGACUGGCCCGUUGCGAGAAGGACUUGAUGUUCUACUACAACAACAGAAAGGAGAAGUUUAUGAGCCCUAUCAUGCCCGCACAGAUUGAGUUUGUCAACCACAUCCAACAAGUGUGCAAGGAGAAGCCAUACAUUUUGUUGGCCUACUUGCAUGUGAUGUACUUGGCCCUUUUCGCUGGAGGAAGAGUCAUGCGUUCAUCUAUCUCAAGAGCAACUGGUCUCUUCCCUCAGAAGGACGGCUUGAAGCACGAUGACAUCGUCAAGUUGGGUACCAACUUCUUCCAGUUUGCCGUUGAAGAUGAGAAUACCUUCCGUCUUCUCUACAAGAGAGACUACGAGUUGGCUACCCGGAAUGCGCUCACUGAGAAACAGAAGCUUGACAUUAUCGAGGAGUCCAAGUACAUUUUUGAGCAGAACGCUAAGUGUGUGAUUGAGUUGGAGCACCACAAUUUGGGCAGAAUUAAGACAAAGUGGACCUACUUCUUCGUGACGCGUGGCUAUUACGUGUUAAUAUUUUUGUUCUUGAUUGUCACUCUCUUUGCCUUGAAGAGAGUUGCAACCCACAUUCUCGGUUAA